AUGUGCGCACAUGGACACCCCACGACGGAUAUGGACGCCCUUUACGACCUCUCUCAACUGCUGGAGACGGGGCUCGACCGAGAGACGCUCGCAGUGCUGAUCGGGUUGACCGAGCAGGGCGUCAAUCCCGAGGCCCUCGCCGCAGUCGUCAAGGAGCUGCGGAGAGAAUCUGCUGCGCUGCGCGCCGCUGAGGCCGAGGCCGCAGAGGCCGAGGGUGGGUCAUAG